CAGGGGCGGGUCUGGCAGGAAGGCCCAGGGUGGGGUGCCUGGAGGAGUGAGUGAUCCCUCCCCGCCCAGGAUCACACUGUCCAGAAAUGUUUUCUGCCCUGCCCACCCAAGCCCAGACCAAAAUACCGGGCCUGGCCUCUCCCCUCCCUGCCGCUGGGAGUUGACGCUGCCUACUCUGGAAGCCCAGCUCCAGAUCCGCUGCCAGGAGCGGCCACAAGGAAGGGUGACAGGAUCCUGCCUAUCCAGCGUGGGCCAGACCUGUAACCUGUCCCUGCCCUUCUAGCGGAGCCUCCUAGGGAACUUCCGGACACCUGUCUGACAGAGGAACCGGUAGCCCCCAGCAGCCAGCCCCAGGAUGGGGGAGUUCAACGAGAAGGCGACAUGCGGAACCGUCUGCCUGAAGUACCUGCUCUUCACCUUCAACUGCUGCUUCUGGCUGGCUGGCCUGGCCGUUAUGGCAGUGGGUGUCUGGACGCUGGCCCUCAAGAGUGACUACAUCAGCUUGCUGGCCUCAGGCACCUACCUGGCCACAGCCUACAUCCUGGUGGUGGCCGGAGUUGUCGUCAUGGUGACCGGUGUUCUGGGCUGCUGUGCCACCUUCAAGGAAAGGCGGAACCUGCUGCGCUUGUACUUCAUCCUGCUCCUCAUCAUCUUUCUGCUGGAGAUCAUUGCUGGCAUCCUGGCUUACAUCUACUACCAGCAGCUGAACACCGAGCUCAAGGAGAACCUGAAGGACACCAUGAGCAAGCGGUACCACCAGCCAGGCCACGAGGGUGUGACCAGUGCUGUGGACAAGCUGCAACAGGAGUUCCACUGCUGUGGCAGCAACAACUCCCAAGACUGGCGGGACAGCGAGUGGAUCCGCUCGGGCCAGGCCGGCGGCCGCGUGGUUCCCGACAGCUGCUGCAAGACCCUGGUGCCGGGCUGUGGGCAGCGGGACCACGCCUCCAACAUCUACAAGGUGGAGGGCGGCUGCAUCACCAAGCUGGAGACCUUCAUCCAGGAGCACCUGAGGGUCAUCGGGGCCGUGGGCGUGGGCAUCGGCUGCGUGCAGGUCUUCGGCAUGAUCUUCACGUGCUGCUUGUACAGGAGCCUGAAGCUGGAGCGCUACUGAGCGUGCCGGACGGUGCCCACGCGGGCCGCAGCCUCACGCCACCUGACUACGAGCUGACACUACUGAGGGCCAGGGAGCUGGGGUCCCAGGACGCUGCUCCCUCCCCACUCUGCCAGGGAGGGGCUGUUCUCAAGCCCCUGUGCACCCCCCAUGCCAUCACGUGACCUCUGGGGACCCCUACCCUCAGAGGGAGCUGCAAGUGCCUUUCUCUGCAGACCACAGGCCUGAGACUCCACCCCCCCCUCCACUGCCCACAGCAGGGAAGCAGUACUUCUGCCUGGGGGGGGCGGGUCUCGGGGUGUUCCCUGCGCUCAGCCAGAGGGGCUGGCCCACCAUCGGGUGCUCCCAGACCCCCGGACACACCCCCUCCUGGUGGUCAGGGCAAGCCUGAGCGGGGCACUGCUGGGUGGGGCAGAGCCUGGGAAUAUGCCCGCCACGGGGCCCAAGACCCCCAGCCCACUCCCGGGAAAGCCAAGCUAGCCCUGUCCUGCGGGUCCUGUGCCGCUGCCCUCCCCCACCCGGCUGCCCUGAGGCCCUGCUGGGACUUCCCCACCACUCUCCCCACUGAAAGGCCGCAGUUCACUUGCUCUUGUCCUGUCCCCUUCCCAGAAGCGGGGGGCUUGUGGGUUUUAUUCACUGCUGUAUCACAAAUGCCAAAACUGCUUGUGCCACGUAAUAGGCGUUCAAUAAAUGUUUGUGGAACAGA